AUGGAUAACCUGGUAUUAGUUGCUGUUGUUGUGAUUUUGGCCACCAUUGUGGUCGGUAAGACGUUAUUUUCGUCUUCGCAGACCAUCGAGAUCAAUCCGGCCGUUGAGGACGGCGCCGUGGAAGAGCAGGAGUUCACGCCUCGUACGCUGUACAAGUACAACGGGUUUGAUCUGGAGCAGAUCUACAUUGCUGUGAAGGGCAAUGUGUACGACGUUUCCAAGUCGAGGCAAUUCUACGGGCCAAGUGGGCCGUAUUCGAAUUUUGCCGGCCACGAUGCUUCUCGUGGUUUGGCAAAGAACUCUUUUGAGGAGUGUAAGUUGACAAUUUUUUACAAUUACUAA